AUGGAUGUGCUGCUUCAGAUUGAUGGGCGUGAUUUGAGGAACAAUGACGAUGAUUCUCCCAUGAGAAUCCCAAGUGGAUGUUGUUUAUGUAGGCCAAGAAAAUUAAAUGGUUCGUCUUUUCCUUCCAUGAAUUCGGCUUCUAGAAAUGAAAGCAGAAAGACUAACACCACCUCGAGCAAGAGCGAUGAUUUUAUGCCUACCCCUCCUUCUCCUCCUUCAUUGAACAGAAGCGGUCAUCUGAACUCAAGGAAUGCCAGCCACAGGAGCAAUAAUCCAAUCAUGUAUUCCAAUUCAUCUGGGAUGCUAAAACCUCCACCGAUUGAGAAAAAACUAGAGUGCACUCUGGAAGACUUGUGCUAUGGAUGCAAGAAAAAGAUCAUGAUCACAAGGGAUGUGCUAACAGAUACAGGGGGAAUUGUUCAAGAGGAGGAAAUGCUGACGAUAAAUGUGCAACCUGGAUGGAAGAAAGGAACAAAGAUUAAAUUUGAAGGAAAAGGGAAUGAGAGACCAGGGGCAUACAGAGAAGAUAUAAUAUUUAUCAUCUCCGAGAAAAGACACCAGUUAUUUCGAAGAGAUGGAGAUGAUCUGGAAUUGAGCGUAGAAAUUCCCUUAGUAAAGGCACUUACUGGAUGUACCAUAUUAGUUCCACUAUUGGAUGGAGAGCACAUGAAUUUGAAACUUGACAACAUCAUACACCCUGGCUAUGAGAAGAUCAUCCCUGAUCAAGGCAUGCCAAUCUCCAGAGAACCAGGGAAGAGAGGAAACUUGAAAAUUAAAUUUCUAGUUGAGUUUCCAACACAUCUCACACAUGAUCAAAGAUCAGAGGUUGUUCGUAUUUUACAUGAUUCUUGA